ACUCACACCCGCAGCAUCCCCAGCGCCAGCUCCGCGGCCGCGCAGGUGGGGCCCCUCGGUGGCAAGUUUCCUCAGGGCAGGGGGGACCGAAGUUGCGCGGGGGCGGCCCCGCCGUGCCCGGUUUCGGGUGGAGGGGUGUGUGUGUGUGUGUUUGUCCCCCUCCUCCCGCCCCAUCCCAGGCUUUGUUCCCGGGAGGAUGCGGCGCGCUUAACCCCGGCCGAGGCGGUGGGGCCGCAGCGGGGGCAGGGGCAGCCCCUCCGCCGGAAAACUCCGCGCCGCCCCCCUUCCUCCUCCUCCUCCUCCUUCCUUCUCCCUCCUCCUCCUCCUCCGAGCCCCGGCGCGGAGCGAUGCGUCCCCGGGCGGCGGGCGGCGAUGGAGCGGGGCGGUAGCGCGGAGCCGCGGAGCAGAGCAGCCCCCCGGGCAGCCGCCCGCUGCCCCUGAGCGGCGAGGAGGAGGAGGAGGAGGAGAAGGAGGAGGAAGGCCGGCCGGCCGGUGUGCGAGCGGGGCGGCGGCCCCGUCGGAGCGCGGCCAUGGAGGAGUGGAGGCAAUGCGGGCGCUGGCUCAUCGACUGCAAAGUUUUGCCCCCCAACCACCGGGUGGUCUGGCCCUCCGCGGUGGUCUUCGACCUGGCGCAGGCGCUGCGGGACGGGGUUCUACUUUGCCAGCUGCUCCACAACCUCUCCCCCGGCUCUAUCGACCUCAAGGACAUCAACUUCAGGCCCCAGAUGUCCCAGUUUCUCUGCUUGAAGAACAUCCGGACCUUCCUAAAAGUGUGUCACGACAAGUUUGGGUUAAGGAACAGUGACCUGUUUGAUCCCUUUGACCUCUUUGAUGUACGGGAUUUUGGAAAGGUGAUCUCUGCAGUAUCCAGGCUCUCCUUCCACAGCAUUGCUCAAAACAAAGGAAUUAGGCCCUUCCCAUCGGAGGAGACCACGGAAAACGAUGACGACGUGUAUCGGAGCUUGGAGGAACUGGCGGACGAACAUGAUCUGGGGGAGGACAUUUACGACUGCGUCCCCUGCGAAGAUGAAGGCGAUGAUAUCUAUGAAGAUAUCAUCAGAGUGGAAGUUCAACAGCCCAUGAAAAUGGGAAUGACAGAAGAUGACAAAAGAAAUUGCUGUUUGCUAGAAAUCCAAGAAACAGAGGCCAAAUACUACAAAACACUUGAAGAUAUAGAAAAGAACUAUAUGAACCCACUGAGGCUGGUACUGACCCCCCAAGACAUGGAAGCUAUUUUUAUCAAUUUGGAGGACCUAAUUAAAGUGCACUUCAAUUUCCUGAGAGCCAUCGAUGUCUCUAUGAUGUCUGGAGGAAGCAGCCUGGCAAAGGUGUUUCUGGAAUUCAAAGAGAGGCUGCUGAUUUAUGGCAAGUACUGCAGCCACAUGGAGUACGCCCAGAACACGCUCAACCACCUCCUCGCCAACAGGGAGGACGUCAGGCAGAAGGUGGAGGAAUGCACGCUAAAGGUCCAGGACGGGAAAUUCAAACUGCAAGAUCUGCUGGUGGUUCCAAUGCAAAGAGUUUUGAAAUAUCAUCUCCUGUUAAAAGAGCUGCUCAGCCAUUCAUCAGACCGACCAGAGAAGCAACAGCUGAAGGAGGCUCUGGAGGCGAUGCAGGACUUGGCUAUGUACAUAAAUGAAGUAAAGAGGGAUAAAGAGACUUUAAAGAAAAUAAGUGAAUUCCAGAGCUCUAUAGAAAACCUGCAGGUGAAGCUGGAGGAGUUUGGGAGGCCGAAGAUCGACGGCGAGCUGAAGGUCCGCUCCAUAGUCAACCACACCAAGCAGGACAGGUAUUUAUUUUUAUUUGAUAAAGUGGUGAUCGUCUGCAAAAGGAAAGGAUACAAUUAUGAGCUGAAAGAAAUUAUUGAGCUGCUCUUCCACAAGAUGACUGAUGACCCUAUGAACAAUAAGGACAUUAAGAAGUGGUCGUACGGCUUCUACCUAAUUCACCUUCAGGGGAAGCAGGGCUUCCAGUUCUUCUGCAAGACAGAGGAAAUGAAGAGGAAAUGGAUGGAGCAGUUUGAAAUGGCAAUGUCCAACAUAAGGCCAGAGAAAGCCAAUGCAAAUCACCAUAACUUUCAGAUGUACACAUUUGAAAAGACAACCAACUGCAAAGCCUGCAGGAUGUUCCUGAGAGGAACCUUCUACCAGGGCUAUCUCUGCCCCAAAUGUGGAGCUGGUGCCCAUAAGGAGUGCUUGGAGAUCAUUCCUCCCUGUAAGAUGGGUUCUUCAGCAGACCAGGACUUGCUGAGUGCUGGACCUGGUCCUAAAAUGGUGGCGCUUCAGAAUUACCAUGGGAAUCCAGCCCCUCCUGGGAAGCCAGUGCUGACAUUUCAAAUUGGGGAUGUAAUCGAGCUACUGAGGGGGGACCCUGACUCACCAUGGUGGGAGGGCCGGUUGCUGCAGACGAAGAAGUCAGGUUAUUUUCCCAGCUCGUCAGUAAAGCCCUGCCCCGUUGAUGCCAGGCCUCCCAACAGCCGGCCGCCCUCCCGGGAGAUCGACUACACGGCGUACCCGUGGUUUGCAGGGAACAUGGAACGGCAGCAGACAGACAACCUGCUCAAGUCCCAUGCCAGUGGCACCUACUUGAUUCGGGAGCGGCCGGCUGAGGCCGAGCGCUUCGCCAUCAGUAUUAAGUUCAAUGAGGAGGUGAAGCACAUCAAGGUGGUGGAGAAGGACAACUGGAUUCACAUCACAGAAGCCAAGAAGUUUGAAAGCUUGCUGGAGCUGGUUGAGUACUACCAGAGCCACUCUCUGAAGGAGAGCUUCAAGCAGCUGGACACAACGCUGAAAUACCCCUAUAAGUCUCGGGAGCGCUCUACCUCCAGGACCUUCACCCGCUCUCCAGCCUCCUGUGCUUCCUACAACUUUUCUUUUCUCAGUCCUCAGGGCCUCAACUUUUCUUCUCAGAGCUCCUCCAGUCCCUUCUGGUCAGUGUUCACCCCACGGGUCAUAGGGACGGCGGUGGCACGAUACAACUUCGCGGCGCGGGACAUGCGGGAGCUCUCGCUGCGAGAGGGCGACGUGGUGAAGAUCUACAGCAGGAUUGGUGGGGACCAGGGAUGGUGGAAGGGGGAAACCAACGGAAGGGUUGGCUGGUUUCCCUCAACGUAUGUGGAAGAGGAGGGAGUGCAGUGACGGCAGGGAUGCCUGCUGGAAAGUCGCCGAGCGCCCAGAGUGAGCCGCUGCAGACCGGGCACACUUGUCCUCGCCUCCCAGGACUGUUCCCGUGGACUUUAGCAACCCGAUCCUCUGUACAGUGUGUGUGUGUGCCCGCCAGGGCCACCCAGGGCCCCGCUCCUCCCACGUCUGUAGAAGAUGGAUGAUCUGUGGGACAACAUUCGUGUAGCAGCUGCAGAAGAGCCCCGGGAAAGCUGCGCUCCCCUGCAUGGACAGAGCUGAGAGACUCUGCGCGGUGCCCACCAGAGGAUGGGGUCGAACCCCUUUCAGUAAAGGUGUUUUAAAAACCACCGUGGUGAUGGUGGUGGGAGGGUGAGGAUGAAGGUUUGUGCCUGGGCUGGUGCCCAGGUGUGGCAAGGUGAGAAUUUGGGGGUUCCUAAGGGGAGGGAGCGAUUCAGAUGACAUGGACCCCUGCCGUGCUGCUCAGGUGGGCUCCUCGGGUCAGGAUUUUUGGCAGUCUCCCUGGCAGCACCAGGCUGCAGCAGGGGCAAGGGGACAGAGUGGGGACACCCCACCUGGAACAAGGAGACAGCUGUUGAUCAUCUCUGAAGGAUGCCAGCUGUGAAACCAGGAGUCCAUUUUGACCAUCAGAUAGAGGCUGGAAGUGGACCUCCAGGUCAGCCAGGAGGGGAAGGAGCCACUUUGGCAUCCCAAGCUGUUUUCUUUCCAACCACCUUUGGUCCCAGCGGCCUUGAUGCAGGUGGAGGCAGCAGCCCAGGGUGCAAACUGGUCCCACUGGUGAGCAGGAGGUCUCGGCAUGUUGCAGGACUGGAGAUGUGCUUUGCCACGCAAGGGUUUUGGAGGACACCAAGGCAGCAGGUACAUGCGGAGGUGUGGACAGGAGCGUUCGUCCGUGGGUCUGUCCUGCUCUUGCUCCCAGUUUGGUCCUGCUGCAGGCAGGACCGCCCAAGCCAGGGUGAUUUUUCUUGCAGCCGUGACACAUCCCACCUCACUGAGCUGGUGGGAGCAAACCCACCUGAACAAGGGCUAUGGUAUCAACUCCUGAUUUCUCUCCCCAAGUUGUGAAAGCGUCUCUUCCUCCUCUGCUGUGUGCACUUUUGGAGGCUGUCAGCGUUGCCUCCUCUCUUCCUCCCACAGGCUGGUGCUGCUGUCAAGUAAAGGUCUGUCUGUCUGGGCAUUGCUGCUGUGUCCUGAGCACUGUCCAUGCAAGUCUGUUCUUUCCAAAGUGGUGGGUAGGCAGAGCUGCCAGGUGGGAAUCCUGGCCAUUGUCUUCUGCUGGGCACUGGUUUUGCUCUCCAGCUCCAGAAUUUCCUUCCAAAUGAAAAUACAAAUCCAUGUGUGGGUGUGUGACAGGGAACAACUUCCCUCUCUCUAAUAUCUGAGCCCCAGGAGAUGCCUCCAGCUGGUGCUUCUGUGCACCUGAUGUUAUUCCCCUGGGAUUUGCGGUGUUCCUGCCGUGGGGCACCAAGUUCCUGGGGUGGGCUCUUGGCAUUGUGCUGGCAAAGGUCUGGGAGGUGCCAGCCUUGGGUAGGUGAUGCCCUCAGUCCCUGGCACUGGGAUACCACGGCUGCAUCCAGAGCCUUGCUGCAGCAGUGCUCUGCUCGGGAUAAUAAACUGAAGAGUUUGAGGCUUUCAAGGGAAAGAUUUUAACUUGGAAAUUAAAUGCUGUUUCUCAAUGACAAGCCCAGAGCUGCCCUGGCUGGGGCAGGUGCCCACUCUAGAGUCUUGCUCUGCAAGGUGAUGGGGGGGACAGAGGGGGCUGGGGGCUUGCCCAAGGUACUGUUUGGUGCUAACCUUUCCCAGCCAGCCCCUGGCUGCUUAGCUCGGGGUACACUCAGGGGGGAGCUGGCAAUGCCCCGCUCCUUGGGUGUGAAACAAGGGGCUCUGCUUAUGUUUCUGGAGCCCUGCUGGAGCUGAGGGGGGGUGGAUGGGGUGGGUGAGACACAUGAGCACACACCCGAGACAAACUCACAGUAGCUCAUCUUAAGCCUCACAUCCCAAAGCCUUACAUGACCCUCCUGUCUCACGUGGCUGGUUUUGUAAGGUGGGAAGGGCAUCCCCUCUGGAAGAGCACAUACUGUGUCCUGGGGGCCAUGGCACCAUCUCUCCCUCACAACCCCAAAGGGAUCCCCAACCUCCGCCGCACCCUGCACUCCCCUCCCAGCCCUGCCAAAUCCCCCUUCCCCCUGGAGAGCUCUCCCUCUUGUGUUUACUGUUGUAAGAAACUUGUUUGAAAAAAAAAAAAUACUGUUUUGUUUGUAAGUAAUUAUUCAGCCAUUUGCCACAAUAUAUAUCUGUGAAUAAGAAAGGGAAAUGUUUUUUUAUGAUGGUGAGAAAAUUGUAUAUAUAUUUUAGUUCAUCGCAGAUCAUUCAAAAUUGCAAUGGGAUACGUUGGAAAAUAAUAUGUAAAUUCCUUGGGAUUUUCCUUUGCACUGCACUAACUGGGGUAGGGUGGAGGGGGUCUAAAGAUAAAACUGUUUAUGGAAUAGUUUAUAGCUGGGGAUUUGGAAAUCAUUUGGAAUAGCUUGUAAUGCUUGAAUAGGAACUUUAGCUGCUACUUAGAAUCCCUUCUGCAUGUGGUUUUUCAAGACCUUUUUAAGUUACAAUACAUCAAAGUAAAUUCCAAAAGGAAAAAAAAAUAAAGUGUAAUUUUGCUGGUA